AUGGGCAAGUGCAGCGGGCGCUGCACGCUGGUCGCCUUCUGCUGCCUGCAGCUGGUGGCUGCGCUGGAGCGGCAGAUCUUUGACUUCCUGGGCUACCAGUGGGCUCCAAUCCUUGCCAACUUCCUGCACAUCAUGGCAGUUAUCCUGGGCAUCUUUGGCACCGUGCAGUACCGCUCCCGGUACCUCAUCCUGUAUGCAGCCUGGCUGGUGCUCUGGGUUGGCUGGAAUGCAUUUAUCAUCUGCUUCUAUUUGGAGGUUGGACAGCUGUCCCAGGACCGGGACUUCAUCAUGACCUUCAACACAUCCCUGCACCGCUCCUGGUGGAUGGAGAAUGGGCCAGGCUGCCUGGUGACACCUGUCCUGAACUCCCGCCUUGCCCUGGAGGACCACCAUGUCAUCUCAGUCACCGGCUGCCUGCUCGACUAUCCCUACAUUGAAGCACUUAGCAGUGCCCUGCAGAUCUUCUUGGCUCUGUUCGGCUUCGUGUUCGCCUGCUACGUGAGCAAAGUAUUCCUGGAAGAGGAGGACAGCUUCGAUUUCAUCGGCGGUUUUGACUCCUACGGAUACCAGGCGCCCCAGAAGACGUCGCAUUUGCAACUGCAGCCUCUGUACACGUGGGUCAUGGCGCGGAGCCGUCCGGCGGGAUCUGGGUCUGAAGCCGACUUGGACUUGGCCCUUAGCAGCCUGGACUUGAGGGGUGGGGCGGGGAGAAUCGCGGGGUUUGUAUUUUUUUUAACCUCGGCCUUGACUGUUGAAAGAUCACCAGCAUUCAUGAUCGCGCCGGUGUCCAGAAGCACCCUCUAA